GUGUGUGUGUGUGUGUGUGUUUGGGGGUGUUGGUAUUGAGACAAAGACGAACUGCAGCGAGUUUCUCCACUCCACUGCAGGAGUGGAAGAGCUCCACACUGAGCAGAUUUCAGCCUUCGAAGGAUCUUCAACUCUGCAGCGAUGAGGACCGUGUAACAUAAAGCCCAUCUGAUUUCAGGACUUCAGCCUCAAAUAUGAGUGAAGCUGGGGUCAGAGUGAAGAGCCAGCCAUGAUACAGAGUCCCGGGUGCAGAGAGGGAUAAGGGGCCUUGCUCAAGGGACCAACAAUGCAGCUAAGUGAUAAUGGGGCUUGAAUUCCUGACCUUCCAAUCAGUAACCUGCAGCCUUAAUCACUGAGCUACACUUCUCAAGUGGAUUACAAUUAUUAUUGGCAGUAGUAGUAUUAAGAUGUUCGAGGUGACGUGGCCAAAGUGCUUGCAGAUCUGCAUCUCCCUGGUUCUCGUAGCAAGCAUUCAUGGCAGGGUGGUGGCCCCCCGACGGGUGGAGUCACUGGUGGAUCAGCCCUUCACCCUGAGCUGCACACUAAGCAAGUCCCAAUCAGAGCAGGUGAAACAGGUACGCUGGCUGGACAUGAAGAACCAGACGCUCAUCUCAUACAUACCGGAUCAGACGGACAGCAUUAACGGACAGCACCAUGUGGAGCUGAUCGACAGCGCGAAUGAUGUGAGCAAGGUGCUCAUCAAACGUGUCAGCGCCCGGGACGAGGGCUGCUACACCUGCAUCUUCGAUGUUUAUCCCACAGGCUCCAAGGAAGCACAGACAUGUCUCACGGUCACUGCCUCAGUGAGACAGGGUGGCAAUAAGACAGUGGUGAGAGGUAAGCAGGCAUCUCUGUCCUGCCUCUAUGGCCUGCCUGAAAAGGUGCAGCAGGUUCUAUGGAAGAAAGUGGUAGAACGUGGGAUGUUACACGAUGUGGCGUCUUUCGCUAAACGGAGCGACCCCAUGAUCGAGAAAAAUUAUGCAGAACGGACAAGCCUCACUCGCUCUCUAUCAGACUCCCAGCUCACCUUUUAUCCUGUGACCGUGGAGGAUGAGGGCUGUUACACCUGCCAGUUCCACACCUACCCAGAAGGCACCAAGAGCGCCACCUCCUGCCUCAUCGUCUUUGUUCUGCCCAAACCUCAGGUGAGCUACAAAACCACGUCUCCGGGUGUGAUCGAGGCGAACUGCACCGCCGCGGCUCGGCCCAAAGCUGAGAUCGUGUGGAACGUGGAGAGGGAUAACAGAACACUGGGAGCACCGACAUUCACAGUCACACAGCAGGAUGAUGGGACGACGCUGGUCAUCAGCACACUAAUGUUAAAGGCAGACCUGCUAAAAGACGUCUCUGUCAAAUGUCUGGUCCACCACAAAGGCCUGGAGUCGGCCAUCGCUGUGUCCAUGAACACCAAGCUUGGAACCGCUUUGACCAUCCUGAUCUCAGUGACUGCAGUGGCCUUCCUUCUGAUCAUCUGCAUGUGCAUCUGCCUGUGGAAGUGUGUUCUGCGUAGUAAUGAAUAAAGCAGUUCAGACUGAAAUGGAGGAAGAUGUCCAGCUUUAAAAUCAGGACAUGGAAAACGGACCCUAACCGGAGAACAUGGAUUGAACAGACUCAGAUCUACACUCAUCUGUAAUAAUGCUUUCUGAAACGAGGGGCCACCUGCAGGGGUGUGGUCACAUGGGUACACGGAGGAGCAGGGUGGGCACUCGCUAUCUUAAUACCUCUCGUGUCAGUUUCAUUAAUUGUCUGAUGUAAAUAUCAGUCUCGCAGUCAAAGCCAAAGUUUAUGAAAUCUCCAUUUUCGCCACCCAGAAAAUAUAUUUUUACAAUCUUCAUCAUUAACUCACAUUUUAAUAUCACUUUAUGCUAAAAAAUGUAUCUUCCCGCAUUUCAUAAUUUAAAACUGUAACAUUUGAAAUAUCAGAAUACGUUGUAAUUUCAGGAGACGUCAAAAAAAAAAGUAAAAAAAAAAAAAGGCGUUUUGCAAAUGUUUUAGUUUCUAAUGAAUAAUUUGCAUAUGUUAGCUAAUAUCUAAAAACAGCUACAACUACUCUAUUACUACCUACUAGACAUUUUUGCAAGACGCAGUUCUCCCACGUGACACGACUGCCGCCGAAGGAUCUGUGUUUGAUUUGUGUCCAGGACCAUUACAAAAGAAUCCUGAAACAAGACGUGUGGGCGGAGCUAAAAAUAAAUUAAUAAAUAAAUAAAGCAGGGCUCCCUGAUUGGUCACAGCACAAUGAUAAACAGUUUCUGUAGUGUAGUGGUGGUCUGCUGAAUCUUUUUUUUUUAGACAGCUUUAGGAUGUAAAAAUUACAAUUGUAUCUCGCAAUGUAUGAUGUUAUUGAAGUUAAUUUAUUCGCACAUGUCUUCUUAGCUGAGUUUUUUUCGCUUUGGCAGAUUAUAAUGACGUAAAAUCCUUUUUUUUUAUUUUGCACACUAUACUGUACUUAAUCCAAAGUGUGUCAUCGAGCACUGGAUGAACAGUCAGAAAUGCGGACUGAAGAAGGGUGUUUUUGCUGUCACAAGACAAUUGCACCCUGGUAUUUACAUUUUACGGGCAUUUGGCAGACACAUUUAUCCAGAGUGACUUACAACUGAGCGGUUAAGGGCCUUGUUCAAGGGCCCAGCAGUGGAGUUUGGUGGUGCUGGAAUUUGAACUUGUGAUCCAAUGUCUUAACCACUGAGCUACUACCUCCCUCUGUAUUUUAUUUUGUAUGUGAUUGAUUAAUGAAGCUAAAAGAUACUCAUGAAAAUAUAUUGUGCAGAAUUUUAUCACACUUGAUACAUGAAAGCUGGAUGCCACUGUUGUUCAUUCACAGCAUCAGCCCCUGGUUUGAAGGUGAAGCCUUGAAGGACAUAGCACUCUUCUUCUACACACAUGCAGAAAAAGUUCGCAUUCUUCAUUUGUUUAUGCAGAUGUUUAAUGUAUACACCUGAGCAGGUUAAGAGCAUUGCUCCAGCCCCAGCAGUGGAAGCUGUUGGGGGCUGUCAGAGUGGUGCUGAGAUUUCAACUCAUGACCUGCUAAUCAGAUGGCUGAUGUCUCAGUCCAGUUUUAGUGUCUUCUUUUGUUAAAUGAAUGUAUUUAUGUCUAAUAUCGGCCUCACAUGGCUUUUAGUAUUGUAUAUUAUUUACUAACAGCCAAUGUAUUUGCAUUUAUUGCCAUUUCAUCUAUAUACAGUGCAGUACAGAGUGAAAUGAAACACAGUUCCUCCAGGACUUAGGUGCUCCAUGAAACUACAUAAAUUAACACAAAAACACACAACUACCAAGUGCACAUGUGGAAACAACACAAUGAGGCAACACACAGUGGCGAAAAAUUUUAUAUAUAAUAAUAAAUACUCAUUCUCAUAAA